UGGGUCCCGAGUUCGGGGUUUAAAAGAAAGUGGCCGCUCCCCCGUCUUCGGUUUCCUCCUUCUCCGGCGACCAUUUUCUCGGUUAAAUCAAGUUUUACGAGUGAUGGAGAAAGGAGGAAAGGGGUAUUCGCCGAUGGACAAAGGAGGAUCCUUAAAAGGGAAAGAUGAUAGUGCUCCGAAAUCAGCCAAGGGGAGGAAAGUUCAUUUUGCUGAAGAAGGCUCUUUUGAAACCAUAUCAGGUAGUUCACCAAUGUCUGGGGGAAAAGCCGCUAGCACACAGUUUAAAGGAGGAAAGGGAGAGAAGAUUGCAAAUGGAAGAAAGACUCCUUUGUCUGAAGGCUCAAAAUCAUCAGAAUUUGGCAUUGAGCAGGAACUUCCGAACAAUGUCAAAUGCCUGAUGAAUUGUGAGGCUGCUGAUAUUUUACUAGGAAUUCAAGAUCAGAUGACAAUAUUAUCUAAAGAUCCAACUAUCAAAAUACCUGCAUCAUUUGACAAGGGACUGCAGUAUGCCAAAAGCAAUAGCCAUUAUACAAAGUCGGAGUCUGUUAGGAGCAUUCUAGAGCCUUUGGCAGAUCUUGGUGUCUCUGAUGCGGAGCUAUGUGUGAUUGGUAAUGUGUGUCCAGAAACAUUGGAAGAGGUUUAUGCUCUGAUCCCGUCACUUAAGGUCAGGAGAAGCAGGAUCGAAGGACUUCUCAGAGAUAUGUUAAAAGAGCUUGGGAAACUUAAGAAACCCAUGUAAAGCCACGUGAUGCAAGGGAAAAGGCCUACUUGCUGGUUUUGAAUACUUCGUGGCAUGUUGAAUACUGCAGAUUUAUGAAUGUAGAGAUGUAGAAAUUAAUUAGCGUUCUGUGAAACAUUGUGUAUUAUGAAAAGCACUUUCUGAAAGAGCAUGUUAGCUGCUUCUGAGACAAAAUAUCAAGCUUAAUGCAUGUUUUAUAUGCCUGCUUGAGCUAA